AUGUUUGGAAUCUUUGCGGACUUGAUGUCCUCGGUGAUCACCAUCCUGUUCCCCGUCUUCGCGUCCUACAAGGCCCUUCGUUCCUCCGACCCCUCACAACUGGCUCCAUGGCUGAUGUAUUGGGUGUCUGGCCCCUUGUCCAUCUCCCCGAGCCACACACUAAUGGCCGAUGACAUCUGCAGGUUCCCCUUCUACAGUUGGAUCCGACUCUUCUUCCUGUGCUAUCUCGUUCUUCCCCAGACGCAAGGGGCUCGUCUGCUAUACCAGGACUACGUGGAUCCGUUUCUGACCCACCAUGAGCGGGAGAUCGAAGAGAUGAUCGGCCGCACCCAUGAGCGAGCCAAGGCCCUGGGCCUGCUAUACUUCUACCAGGCAAUCGAUCUGGUCCGAGAGAAAGUCCUUGGUCUCCCUCCACAGAAAUCGGCGCCACCGCCACCGACGGGACCCGCGGCCUACGCACAAUCUCUCCUUUCCCGGUUCAACCUCCCCGCCGCUGGUGCCGCCGGCGCACCAGCUACGCCCGCUGCCAAUGACUGGUACUCGGUUUUGAGUUCCGCUGUGGGGUCUGUUACCGCCACAGGCAAAUCUCGUGAGGCACGAGCUGAGGAGCUGUCGGCCAGUGGCAGUCUGCUCCAACGACAGAUCCAGUCCAUGUCGGGCGCAGAGAAGGCGCAGUAUAUAUCAUCCCAGCGGGAGCUACUGGAUUUCCUGCGAUCAACUCUGGCUCGUGAGGAGCAGACCCUGAGCCGCGAUGACCCCGAAACUGACGACCUGGCGUACGGUGCACCGCUGCGGAAGAACCGUAGCGACAACUCCUUCGAUGUGGUCGACGACGAAGACCUGGGCAAGACCCGACAAACCAGUGGCCGAUGGGCAUCUGGAUGGUUUGGCAACGACCAUGAUUCUUCGGGCUCAUCUGGCACCGAUUUCGCGGCGCGCGCCGUCGAUGAGAUUGCUCGGUCGCGGACCACCGGUCAUGAUCGCUACUAA